UAACGCUCUCGCGGAAAGGUAACAAAGCCAAAGCCCAGCCGUGACUGUGACUUUUUUUCUGGGGUGGCAAAUGGGAACUGCGCCCGCUGCUUACCGUCCACUGCUUGUGGUGUGAGUGGCUGUGGUUGGUGGUUCAAUUGGUUGGUUGUUGGCAUAAACAAAGCACACACACUCCAUCCACUCCACCACGGCCACUACGAGUGUGUGAAUGUCCGUGUAUGUGUGUGUGUGUUUGCCAAGGGGGGUGACAUUUCGUUGAGCGAGCGCCGUGUUGCUUCCUAGGAAGCACGAACGACGUCGUCGUCGUCGUCGCUGGCAGCGCAGCAAUUUGAUAAAAGUGACUGCGGCAAGGAUAUUUACAGUCAGUCCACGCAGAACCUUUGCAAAGGCAGCAACAGACGCUAGAGCAGCUCUAUCUCUCUCGCAGGCGGAAAUAUUAUAUCACGUAAAAACCCAAAUACUGAAAACGCAAAGUUUCCGUUUUGGCGCCAACGAAACACAAGUUCUUGGGCGCAUAGAAAAGUGACAAACGCAAGUGACUAAGUGCAAUAAGUGACAUUUAUUGAAAGUAAUAAACUACAAGAAAAAAAAAAAUUUAUACAAAAAGCAAUUUGAGCAAUGGCAAUCGCUUACUUUAUACCCGAUCAGGCGCAACUGUUGGCCAGAAGCAGGCAACAGCAGGCAAGUGCGCAACAAGCAGGAGGCGGCGUCGGCUCCAGUCCAACGAAUACCAGCAGGCAAAACGAGACCCGACAACAGCAGCAACAACAACCACAAAGACAGCAGCAGCAACAACAACAACAACAACAGCGCACCGGCAGCUCACAGUUUCGCGCCAACAUUUCAGUGCCACUGGGCCGCGAACAGGGCGCCAUGUCCAUGUCGGAGUUUGGCUGCUGGGAGCUGUUGGCCCAGAUCUUCUGCUACGCCUUGCGGCUGUACAGCUACAAUCCAGCACAGCGCCGGCCGACAGUCAUACAGAUCUCGUUCGAGAUUAGCAGCAGCGGCGCAAGCGAGGCGGAUGCGGACGGAGAAGCUACCGAUGGGGCUGGAGAUGUGACAGAUGCGAAGCGGGAGUAGAUUUGGCCAAGAGACACAAAGACUAAACACAAACUGACUAUUAUUGUACAGUUAAUUUUUUGGUGGCAGCUCAAUCAAAGCGCAUUGUGAUUUUUCUGAGGAUGGAGACGAAGGAGUUGGAUGGACUUGAGAGGAGUUUUAUUUUUGAUUUUCUUUUUGUAAAGUUGAAAGU